AAAAACAUUUUCGAGUUUCAUAUGGACGGAUUGAGCAAAUUCUUCCUAUUUUAUUAACUCUAUAAACAACCAAAGGAUUUCAUCCUUUCAACAACACAGACAAUAAUGUCUGAUUUGAACUCCGCCGUCCACGGCGCCUCCUCCCGCAACGCCAAUCAAUUUCUCGGUUCAGACCUCCAACUUCAAAACUUCUCACAAACCCAUCUUCCCGAUCCCAAUUCUGCCGAUUCAACCACUCCCACCACCGGCGGUUCAUCCUCGCGCCGCCCUCGUGGCCGCCCCGCCGGCUCCAAGAACAAGCCAAAACCGCCGGUGAUCGUAACACGUGACAGCCCCAACUCUCUGAGGUCGCACGUGCUAGAGGUUUCCCCAGGCUCCGAUGUGGUUGAAUCCAUCUCGACUUACGUCACCCGCCGCCGCUACGGCGUUUGCAUUCUCGGCGGCACUGGCGCCGUCACCAACGUCAACUUGCGUCAGCCGAUGUCUCCGUCGGGUUCUGUUAUGACUCUUCAUGGAACAUUUGAGAUUGUGUCUCUGACUGGCACGGCGUUGCCGCCUUCGGGUGCUGGAGGGCUAACGAUUUAUUUGGCCGACAGGCAACGGCAAGGACAUGUCGUCGGAGGAAGCGUCGUCGGGCCAUUGAGGGCAUCGAGUCCAGUUACACUGAUGGUGGCAUCGUUUACGAAUGCAGUGUAUGAUCGGCUACCGGUGGAGGAGGCAGAGCCGCCGGUACAAGCUCAGGCAUCGGCGUCGCCAUCUUCAGAUAUUACUGGUGGAGGUGGCCAACUUAGGGGUAUCGAAAGCUUCAACCUUCGUGACGAUGGUUACGGUUGGAACAACAAUGCAUCAAGACCUCCGACAACACUCUGAUAAAAAAAAUGAGAAAAGGUUUAGAAGAAAAUCAAACAAAUUUUCCUAAGAAAUUCGAACGCCUUUUCAAUAAUGGUCUCCAAAAAUUCUUCUUUCACUUUUAUUUUUUUUAUUUUUUAUUUUUAUCAAAUAGAUUAAUUAAUGGAAGAGUUUAUUUCAAUAUUUCUUUAACUAAAUCAUCUUUAUUUUUCAUGUUAUGAGAUUUAAUUUAUUUUUUUCCCUUCUUUUGAUUAUGUAAAUGUUGGUUUUUUUAUAGGAUUAUUAUUUGUGAGAAUUGAAAUCACAAAGGCCUCACAACUUAAAGCUUAACUUUCUAUUUGUCACACAUUACAAAAAUAACUAUUUAUAUAUAUACAAUUCUAAGUUAUGUACACCAAGUAAAAAUAUCGUGGGGUGAAACAUCGAACUAUAUCAAAAUCUUUUAGAGAGAUGAUAGGCGCCGAUACUUUAUUCAUAGAGUACAAUAUAUCACAUUCUUACGACUUAUAUAAACAUACAACUUAAAUUGAUCUCAAGUGGCCAUAUAAGAGUUUCUAUGUCACAUUAGAUUAAUUUGACAUGCUCAUUCAUCAAAUGAGGAGUGUCAACCUUGGUAAAAGGCCAAUGAGUUUUCUUUUUUUCUUUUUAGUUUUACUCGCCAAGCUAUCCUCUUCCCUAGGCCCAAAUGGGUUGGAGGUAGAUUAUGCCACAUUCAUCAAACGGAGAGGGUCAACCUUUGUUUAAGUUGAGCAUGGUCUAUCACUUUGGGCUUUGCGACCUAGACUCCCUUUCUUCGAUGCUUAAUAAGGACUCAAAAGGUGUGUGAUAUAUUUUUGUCCAAGUUUUGUUCGUCUCUAUGGUUAUCACGGUAUAUAAUCUCGAUUUUUGUAUACAAAUAAGUACAAUGUUGUAAUCGCUUAACUUGAAUUUAUUGGUGGAUUAUCUUUCUUAGGCACAUUGUCCUCUCGACAAAGGUAGUGUUGUAUCACCGAACUGGGUCACCUACUCGUGUGUUUCUAUUGCUUUUCUUUUAGUUGAUUUGUUAUUGUCUCUAUGAUUGCUAGGAUGUGUUGUGUGACAUCUCUAGCUAACUAGUGUGAAAGAACCGUUUUUCAAAA